CGUGCCUUCUAGAAAUUCAUCAAUAUUGUGUUGUUUCUUCGUAAGUUGAUUAGUAGAUUCUUAUCGAUUGAAAGAAGUCAAUCAUGGGGAAGGAGAAAAAGAAGUUCAAGAGUGGUAUAGCAACAAGCUUCAUUACACGAGCAUCAGCUGUGAAGAGGCUGCAGUUAAAUUUAGUCAACUUCAGGAGACUGUGUAUUCUGAAAGGUAUCUACCCUGUAGAACCCAAGAGUAUCAGGAAAGCUGGCAAAGGACAAAGGCUUCACAGAACCUACUUCAGAUUCAAAGACAUCCAGUUUCUAGCUCAUGAACCCAUUGUUGAGAAGUUCAGGGAUCACAGGGUUUUCGUGAGGAAAGUGAGGAAAGCAAAAGCCAAAAAGGAAUGGGCAACAGUGAACAGACUUUGUAGAAAUGAACCCAAAUAUAGACUAGACCACAUCGUUAAAGAGAGAUACCCAACCUUUGUCGAUGCUCUGCGUGACCUUGAGGAUCCUUUGACCUUGUGUUCAUUGUUCAGUACGUUCCGUAAGAAUGCCAAGGUCAAAAGUGAAGUCCUCCCUCUCUGUAGACGACUCAUCGUAGAGUUCAUGAACUAUGUCAUCGCAUCAAGGUCACUCAGAAAGGUGUUCCUGUCUAUCAAAGGGAUCUACUUUCAGGUUGAGAUUAAGGGUCAGAUGUUAACAUGGAUCAUUCCAUAUAACUUUGGAUAUCAGGUGCCGGGCGAUGUUGAUUUAAAGAUCAUGUCUACAUUCACAGAGUUUUACACUACUCUAGUAGGAUUUGUCAACUUUAAACUCUACACAAGUCUCAACCUCCACUACCCUCCUAAGUUGUCAAUGGCAGUACAAAGCACAAAGUCAGAAGCAGAACAGGACGAAGUGGACGAUGCUGUAGAUGACCUCAUUGGUUCCUUUGCACAUGACCUUGUAAAGGUCAAUCAGGGGUCAAGUAUUACUGGUGAGGAUGAGGAAGACAAUGAACAGGAUGAUGAUCAACAAGAGGUUCUCAUUGCUGGUGGGACUGUGGAUGAAGAGACCGUGAAGAAGGCAAGAGAAGAGAGAGAUGACAUGAAAAGGUUCAAGAAGUUGUUUGAAGGAUGCAAGUUCUUCCUUUCAAGAGAGGUACCAAGAGAAGCUAUCACAUUCGUCAUCAGGUGUUUUGGAGGACAGGUAUCAUGGGACAAGACAAUGUUUGUUGGUGCUCCAUAUGAAAUGUCUGAUGAGACGAUCACACAUCAGAUUGUAGACAGACCACAGCAGGAUAAGCAGUAUUUAUCAAGGUAUUAUAUCCAGCCUCAGUGGGUGUUUGACUGUGUGAAUGCUCAUCGGCUACUCCCAUUAGAGGACUACUUCCCAGGUGUUCCCCUACCCCCUCACCUGUCACCGUUCGUUGAAGACAAAGAAGGUUCAUACUUACCCCCUGAGAGGAUGGCCAUGCAGGAUGGAAACCAGAAAACAGAGUCUGAUGAUGAGGAAGUUGGGGAGGAGGAAGAAGAAGAGAUCAUUGGUGAAAGUGAGAAUGAAGAAGAUUUAGAGGAAGGCCUCAGCAGUGAUGAUGAGGAGGAGGAGGAGGAGGAGGAUGAGACUAGUAUAGGUGAUGCUGAGAAGAAGAGGUUAAAACAGCUCAGUAAACUAGCACAAAAACAGACGAUGAAUCUAUCUGUAGCUGAGGGAGAGGUAGAGAAGGUGAAUCCUACAUGGGACGCGGAGAAGCUAGCUAGACAAGAAAGGAGAUUACAAGAGAUGAUGAUCCCCAAGAAGAGGAAGAGGUUAUAUGAUAGACUCAUGAAGAAGAAGAAAGAACAAGCCAAGGAGGUACGCAAAUUGAAGGAGAAGAGGUUGAAGUAUGAUGAGGAACAGAAGGUGAAUAAGAAGAAGAAGAAGGUGACAGCGAUGUAGGACUGAUAUCAUAGAUGCCUUAUAAUAACAGACUCAUAAGUAACCAUAGAUGAAUAUGGUACUGUGUGCUGACCAAUGGAGUAUACAUACAAGUAUGUUCUGCCAGUGGAUCAAGAGGACAUCAUUGUAUAAUACAUGUAUAAUAAAGAUCUUAAAGCCCCACUGUACUACUUGUAGCUACUUGCUCCCUCUAUAUAGCAAACAAUGCCCAAUCGGUGAUCAUUGGU